AUGGAGCGUGAGGAUAAGGCUCAGGAGAGAGCCCAGGCACUGCAUGCUGUUGAACUGGAGAAACUGAGAUACACUGCCAGUUUACGUGAGGUUGAAUUACUUCAGCAGAGGGAAUAGCAACAGUUUGAAUGUUACAAAUUAGAUUUGUUAGAGGAGGGGAAGAUGGUUAAUCCAGCACCAGGUGAUUCUUUCAGUUGAGCUUCUCCCCUCACUCUUAUUUUGCUUCAUAAAUACUAAAGUUGCUGAGUUAGGAGUGUAUGGGUAUUACUGUGAUUAGAUGACUAUGUUGUGACUUCUGUGUUUUGCAGGACUUAACUUCAUUAAGUGGCUCGGAUACCCAUUUAGUCGAGUUUGUGUUUUUUCUCAUCCUGCAAAAUCAACAAUUCCUGUUCUGCCAUGGAUCUUGAAACAAGUACGUGAGUAUCUACAGCAUCUUUAUCAUACAACACUUUUUUUUUUCAAACGUAUCUUAGUCACCUUGUAUUAUCAUGUCUUUAUCUGUUUUUAAAGCUGGAUGUGUCAGGCCGAAGGUAAAUACGAUGAGUAGAAAGUACAGAUGGAAAGGCAAACCGUCUAUUAAAAGGUAUGCAAGUCUGUCUUUUACUGUCUAACUACAAUAGUAUUUGCUAUUUAGUAAACACCUAAUUAACCACUGAAUUAUUGUAGGUACCCCAUGGGUGCAAACUACCAGGCAGGGGCAUACCUAAUCACCAAAGAAGAUGAUGAUGAUUUUCAAGGUUUGUCUCUAGAUAUUAGUGUACAAUCUCAUGGGUGCGGAACAUGCAAAAUUGUUUUAUACCAUUUCUGUGUUUUCUAUUUUUUAAUCUCAAGUGGCAAAGGUGAGCAAGCAGCAGCAGCUAAAGCGCAAAUCAACAAGAAAGACACCACAGGCAUGUAAAAGGUAUGUAUAAUGUGUACAUACUGUGUACACCCAAACCCCGGACGGUACACGGCGAGUUGAAGAGAAGAAGUUGUCACUUGUGCCACCACAAAGCGAUUUCGAUAUUAUUGCCUUUUUUGAAAGUUUUGAUUACGGUGUUCCUGCAGUGGCUAGCAGUCAAUCACAUGUAGUCAGCAUGGUCAACAAUGCUCAGGAUGAUCAAAUUUUAAUCGACGGGGCAGGUGGGGAUUAUUUAAACACAAUACCUGCAUUUACCUGCAGGGUGUUUCAGAAAGUGUUGAUCUCAACAUAGCCAAAUCGGACCUGUCGGAAAUAAAUCGACUUUGUUUAGAGUUGUCUAAAUCGCAGCAUUGUGUGGUAUCGGAUAACUCUGUGGCAGCAGGAUUCAGCAGGAGUGAGCAAGCCACACAGGCCUCAGCAGUGUGUAUUGAGGACUGUGUCAGCACACUACGGGCAAUCAAAAGAGGUUUUUAGGGUCUCAACAACUAUUCAGACUCUGUAAACAAUGGUUUUGAAAAGUUGCAAGAAUCAAAUGACAUCUUAUCAGACUUUGUGAAAGCACAAAACCAGACGCUUGAUUUACAUGCCAAAAACACAAAAAAUUUAGAAUAAGCAAUAGCAAUGCAAUUUGACCCAAUAAUAGUUCAAAUGUAGCACACACACACACACACACACACACACACACACACACACACAUACUACAACGGAACCGCCCCCAAAAAAAAUUCAAACCAGGUGAGGACUUCAGAUGUGUUGCUGACGAUGAUGGUUCUGUUCGGAGACGUCAGUUCUCUUUUAUCAGUGACGCUACCUAUGCGGCGGUGUCAAAUCCUGGUGAUGCAUUUAGUGAGGUAGCGGCGAUAGCCACAGAGAUGACGAAACAACUGUUUCUGCUGAAAAUUUUCGUGUCUCAGUUACCAGAUGGUGGUGGUGAUCGUUCUGUGAGUGUUGACAGAGGACCUUCUGAAACAAAUAAUUUUGUGUUGAAUCCUGAAUUACAUUGUGAAUCAUUAGUGAGCGCUGUCUCCCCACCAGCAUCAGCUCUAGUUGGUGGCGGAAGUGUUGGUGAAUUGUUGGUGAAUGAAUCAAUAGUGAGUGUUGCCUCUCCUGUAGAUCAGGUUGGUGGUGGUAGUGUUAGUGGUGUUGAGGAGUCUGCAGCCUCAUCUUCUAAUACUACAGAUGAUGUUGAUGGGCAUGAGCAUGUUCAUUUCAGAGAGGUACCCACAUUCAAUUCCUUUGAAUUAAGACAAUGCAUUGAAUUGAGAGACAUCAAUCCUGGUAAUGUGGAUCAAAUACCCGUACAGGUAAGGAAUAGUCUGUGCAGCGUGAUUGAUUGUGCUUUGUCGGAUUCACCUCAGGGGAGUGUUUUAAACGUGGUGUUGAGAGGCUUAAAUAAACAGGCAGUUUUACAUGCACACGACGAAUACAGCUCUGAUUUGUUUUUAGAAGAAAUUGCUUAGGCCAUGCAGAGUAAUGACACUUCCAUGACUGAUGACGAGAUAGAGUUUAUAGUCACAGUUGCGAGGGGCAGAAGUGGUGGCGUGCGCGCCCUUGAAAUUGAGUAGUGUUUCAUAUGAUGAAAUCCUGCUUAAAAAGGGCAAGCAUCUGUACAACCCAGUGAAAACAGAAAAUAAUCUUUGUUUCUCUAUAUGUCUAGCCCAUGCUGUCCACCCUGAUAUGUCUGAGAGCGAAAAAGAUCAAUUUGCAAAGCAGUUCUGUAGAGCCGUCGGGUUUGACCCCAUGAACAAGGUGUCAUUUUCAGACAUCACAAAAUUUGAAAAACAAUUGGAUGUAAAAAUAAUAGUCUUUCACCACAGCACAGGACAUAAGCGUCUGGUGAAUUAUCAAACAGUUUGAUUUGGUAAAAAAAUGUUACAGUGCUGCAAUACACAUUAUGCACCUCAAGACCAAUAGGGUAGAAUAUAUUUUGAAAACCCUGGCUGAUCUAAAUGUUCUGUUAUCAACAAUACCCAACACACAAGUCCGUAGUGCCAUAGCAGAUUAUAAAAAGGGUUAGGCGGAUGCUGGGAAAAAAAGAAAACUCUCUGACCCCAAUGCACACAGCUCUCCUGUAGGGAUACUUGGGUCUGCUAACACUUGGUUGGAUUUUUGAUCAAUUUUAUUCUAUUUUGUAACUGUUUUGCUUUUCAUGAAAGUGUCAUUGUUGUAAUUUUUCUGAAUUCUUAAUUUUUUUAAAUUUAUUUGUAUUAUUAUUGUUGUCACUGUUGUUGUUUACUCUGUUAUGGUUGAUUAAACUGAGUGUGCAGAGGCCUGUACUACGAAGCUGGAUUUGGUCUUAGCGAGAUAACUUCUGGAUAACUUCUGGGUUUUCCGUACUACGAAGGUGGAUCUCUUUUUAUCCGGGUCCGUUGCCCCGGUAACUUAUGCGGAACGCCAAACAUAUAUAUAUAUAUAUAUAUAUGUUUAUAUGUUUGAGUCACUGUUGCCUUUCUAUCAGCUCGAACCAGUCUGGCCAUUCUCCUCUGACCUCUGGCAUCAACAAGGCAUUUCUGCCCACAGAACUGCCGCUCACUGGAUAUUUUUUCUUUUUCGGACCAUUCUCUGUAAACCCUAGAGAUGGUUGUGCGUGAAAAUCCCAGUAGAUCAGCAGUUUCUGAAAUACUCAGACACGCCCUUCUGGCACCAACAACCAUGCCACGUUCAAAGUCACUCAAAUCACCUUUCUUCCCCAUACUGAUGCUCGGUUUGAACUGCAGGAGAUUGUCUUGACCAUGUCUACAUGCCUAAAUGCACUAAGUUGCUGCCAUGUGAUUGGCUGAUUAGAAAUUAAGUGUUAACGAGCAGUUGGACAGGUGUACCUAAUAAAGUGGCCGGUGAGAGUGUAUACAUAUAUAUAUAUAUAUAUAUAUAUAUAUAUAUAUAUAUAUUAAGGCUGUCAAAGUUAACGCGUUAUUGUCGCGUUAACUCGAGUGACUUUUAUCGCCACUAAUUUUUUUGACGCACGAUUAACGCAAGCCUUAGCCUGGCUUGACCAAACUAUACACACACUGCGUGGAUAUUCUUGCCGUUGUAGAGGAACAGUUGGUGAGGUGUCCAGGCUAUGUGAGCCUCGGGGCACUCCGUAGUUUCGCGAAUCAGGAAGUAGUGCACUGACUGAUACCGCGGCAGACAUAAACAAAUCCCUGUGAGCAGUAACUAGGAUAUAAUGGAUAAGAACACUAUUUUGAACGGAGAGUUCAGCUACAAAGCCUUGCCAGAUGUCUCUCUGACAGGACAAAAGUCAUGUGUGUUUCCUGCCGAGCUGAAUUUAGUUACCACCAGAGUACGUCCAGUCUCAAAUAUCACUUGUCGGCCAAGCACACAGCUGAUGCAGAGAGCCCCGUGUAUAUAUAUAUACACACACACACACACACAUAUACAUAUAUAUAUAUAUACAUAUACAUACAUACACAUAUAUAUAUAUAUAUAUAUAUAUAUAUAUAUAUAUAUAUAUAUAUAUAUAUAUAUAUAUAUAUAUAGCGUUGCAUUGUCACGUGCUCAUCAGGUGGGGGAGUGUGUUACAUUGUGACGUGUUCAUCAGCGCAGUGUGUGAUUGGCUGGGGUGCGUGCUUAAGAGUUCAGUGUCUUUAAAAGAGAACUGUAAAGCUGCACCAAGAAAUGAGAACCGAGAAACUACGGUGAGUACAAGUUUUCUCCGUGUUGUGUAAGUGCUAUCUAAAUGAAUGAUGUGCUAUUGAUGUCAUGUGUGCAAACAUUGUUUUUUUUAUUUUGCAGAUGGCCUCACCUGUGAAACUGCCAUCUGGUGCUAGUGAGAACCCCGACCCCGAAGUGCGCGAGAUGCCAAGUUUUGUCAGUGAGUAA